AAAAAUGGGACUUGCACUGCUGUGGUCCGCCUUCAGGGUACAAUGAUGCAUGGGAGUCAUUUCGGGCACCUAACAUAACAGGAUAAUCCUUUACCAGUAAGACCGCUGUAUUUUCGUGCGAUCAAAAAAACAAAAAAAAAUAAUGGAGAGUGAAGUCCUUCGGUUGUUGAUUAUGUAACGUUUUGGGCCGACAAAUUAAGGUUAAAAUUCGAUUUGAUUCCGAGAUGGAUACUCCGGAAACUUCUACACGAGUCUCACGCUGGAAGGCAUUUUGUCAAACGAGCGACAUUUCCUGGCCAACUUACGUGCUGAUUUGUUUGUUCGGUAUGGGUUCGUGGAUAGCUGUCAAUGGUCUUUGGGUAGAAUUGCCAGUUAUAGUGAGAUAUGCCCCUGAACAAUGGAAUCUCCCAUCCUACCUCACCGUUAUAUUCCAGCUGGCAAAUAUCGGCCCGGUGAUCUACGCGCUGGGGAACCACUUUGCUCCUAAAAAAGUCCAGGAAAAAUGUACCAUCUUUUUCGUUGUCACUGUAGGCGCCGUGGCUUGUGCCUUGUUGGCAUUUUUCUGGGACGAAACAAGUAACAUUGGCGGUGAGAAACACAGCACAGUUCUUUUUAUACUGUCGUUUUGCGUGGCCAUAGUCGAUUGUACAUCGUCUGUUGUUUUCCUUACUUUCAUGUCUAUCUUCCCUUCGUUCUACAUGAGUGCCUUGUUUGUGGGUGAAACAAGCAGUGGAUUGCUUCCAGCUUUUGUAGCCUUGGGUCAGGGAAUUAACAGUAAAAGUGUUAACUGUAGCGCAAAUGCGACAGACGCUUCUUCUGGCAAUCAAACCACAAAGGAUGAUGACAGUGGAUUAAGGUUCUCCCCAAAGGAUUUUUUCUUUUUUCUGUUUGCAAUGAUGGUUGCUUGUGGGUUGGCUUUUUUUGCAUUGAACUAUUUACCAUUGGCUAGAAGACAGCAUGUGAGAGAAAGGCGCAGCGGUACAACUGUGGAGGAAAGUAACAGUGUAACUCGGCCACUUUGGGAUGAAUCUUCAAGAAGCGUCAUAUAUUCUUCAUCAACAAGCACCAGUACUCCUGAAGAUUUUUACAUGAAGGAUACACCAAAUUGCAGUCAGAAAUUCUCCUGGUGUGAAGCUCACAUUUUAUGUCUGUUGUGUAUUCAAGGUUGGAUUAACUGCUUGUCCAACGGUGUACUGCCGUCAAUAGCAACGUAUGCCAGUGAGCCUUAUGGUGAUAAGACAUAUCAUUUAGUUGCCACACUAUCCAACAUUGCAGGGGCUUUGACCUGUUUCGUCGCACUGUGGUUACCAUGCUCAUCAACCAAGGUGGUCAUUGUGUUAACCAGUGUUUUCACAAUUCUAAGCAGUUAUGUCAUUGCUCUCGCAUCCAUGAGUCCUACUCCACCUCUACAUGGUACAGCACUUGGAAGCUUCAUAGUAAUUGCUGUUAGUGUUGUCAGUAGCAUUUUGCUGAACUACACGAAACUAAUAAUCUCAAUCAUAAUGCGUGACCAUGGUAGACAGGCCCUGUUUUGGUGUGGAAUCUUUAUACAGACAGGAUCAUGUAUUGGGGCUCUGGUCAUGUUUCCGCUUGUAAACAUACUAAAGCUGUUCCGUCAACCAAACAGCUGCUAAGGAACAUUUCAUUAGUAUAAACAGUUAACGAACACAGUUAAGUUUUAAAAGGACAAACAAAACAGAUCUUUCAGUUUAAGUAAUGUUUUUUAAGGUGGCUUUUCUCAGGCAAUAUUUUUAUAGAGGGAGAGUUAUUUUUUAAUAGCAGAGACAAUUAGAAAUGAGAAGUACAAUUUGGAAGGAGCAUUUUGCACAGGUUAAAAAUGAGUGGCAUUUCUUGUUUGAAUCUUCUAGUUUUCAAAAACAAUCUGUAAGGUAGAGUACAAUCUCAGUUUUUAAAAACUAUGAUUGGUUUUAUGGUUUGUGGCUGUUCUGAUCACGUAAAUGAUAAUAAAUUGGAAUUGCCAUCUUCUCUUCUCAACCUCUUUAUUUCACCAGAACACCUUUUCUCUGUUGUUCCUCUGUUGUAAGCAAGUGGAAAACAGACUGACAAUAAAACACACCAUCUAGCAAGACAUUUGCAGUCAAAAGCAUGCAAAUUUCAUGGAUAUUAUCAACAGUUACCUGUCUUAGAAAGCUAUUUGCUUUAAAUAAUACACAUGUAAUGCUUUGAAGAGCAGAAGUUUGUAGUGAAGAUCAAAAUCAAAUUUCAAGAUAAUUUUUGACAAAGUGAUCAUGUUAUUAAUCAUUAAAAGAGCAAACAUGAUAGGGAAUACUACAUAGUUUGGAAGUCUGAUCUGAGCUCUGCUGGAAAAAAGUUCUUGUCUUUUAAAAGGCAUUAAAGUUUGCUUUCUGUAUAGAAGAGACAAGUUCUUGUAAAAUUAUUUCAAAUAAUUAUGGAUAAUUCAUGAUAAAUUAUUUGGAUAAAGUAAUUGGGAGCCCAAAGUUAAAUUAUGUACCAUUGGGUAGUUAUAAAUUAUGUUUGUAAAUUAUUUUGGGGGAUGGCAUGGCCUCUGCUCAGUUGUUUUUAGUUUUUCAUUAGUAAGUUAAUUUUGUUUUAUACAAGAGAUAAUCGGUGUCUGCAUGGUCUGUCGGUAACAUAUCUCAUGAUUUGUUGGUAACAAAUUGUAUUUCUUGAUAAAUAAAUGUAGUCAUUUCAGAGGUAAUAAUCAAGUACCCUUUUGUAGAAA